CUCAGCGUUUGUUGGACGGUGCGUGGUCUUUGCUGCAGUAGCAUUGCAGAACGCUUUUUCGUGGCAUACAGGCAGCCUAUACCAUCUCGCAGGCUUCCUAGUCCCAAGGUGGCGCGCAGCUAUCAUGACGAUACAUUCUUUCUUCGUUCUUCUACUCAUGCCCGGAAACCUUCGCAUGAUCAAGAUCUCCGUACUAGCAGCCCGAGGAUACUUUCCCUGGAACAAAGCUGUAUUCGAAUGGCUGUGGGAUGGAUCGGGGACCUUGAUAUGGAGCGUUACGACAUGGGCGGUCUACAGGUAUACCACUUCCAUGAGCUUGUUCUCACUCUCGCUGCUGCUCAUCAAGGCCGUACUUGCGCGACUCGAUAUCACAAUAUCUCUGAGUGCCUGCGUGUGGAUUCUCUCCAUCACAUGGCCCGGCAUAUGGAUUAGUUUAGCUAAGCGGUUCGCCUGGUUCUUUCGCCGAGUUUUGAACGCAUUUUCUCACAGCCCCUUCGUCUCAAUUUUGGUGUGGAUUUCCCAUGCGCAUGAUGGGUUCUUGAUCAAGAACUUCAAGAGACAUGAAAGAAGGUUCGGACAUUCAUUCCGAAAUCAGCAGUCGCCCGAAGGGAUGGUGCAGGGGCUCGACGGAUACCAAUACGACGGGCUUGAGGGCCGCCAGUUUCGCCUUCUCAAAAUCGGACGCCCAUUCGCUAUGAUAGCUAUGGAGUGCAGUCUUUCGACGUUUGAUAAGGACGAUGCCAGGUGUCCAGAAUACACCGCCGUAUCUUACGAAUGGGGUCCAAAUUCGGAGGUCAGGCCAUUCAACCUUCGCAUUGGGGACAAGCAGCUUGCUGUCACCGAAAGUGCUUACCAGGUUGUCUGUGGACUAGCGCCUCAGUCUGGAUAUAUCUACCUCUGGUGCGACUUCAUCUGCAUCAAUCAGAACGACAGGGAUGAGAGAGCCUCACAGGUGAGACUGAUGGGAGAUAUUUACUCUGGUGCCACCCGGGUCACAGCUUUCCUCAACACUGCCAGCCCAGUUGAUUAUGAUGUCUGCGACUUGGCAUCACACCAUCUGCAGAAGACCAACAAAUCUCUCCAGCAACCGCAAUGGGGACUGGAUCGCCUGUGGGCAAGAUUCAGCAAACACAAUUUCAAUGCUCGCGGGUCGCCUGGAUGGCAGGCUAUCGCGAAGUUGUUCGAGCGCCAGUAUUGGAGAAGGGCGUGGGUGGUCCAAGAGAUUGUCCUAGCGAAAGAACUGGUCGUGAUUUUCGGCGACAACGAGUUUCGCUGGGAUGAGCUUGUCCCAUUUGUGGAAGCUUUCGAGGACCGAGGAAACGAUGGAAAUUUGGAUGUCUUCGGGACUUUCCUCAGGGGGGUAGACAUCCCUUUCCAGCAGAUUCUGAUGCUUCUCCAGGUCUCAAGGAUGAGGGACUCGUUCCAACAAAGCAGGGGCCUAGACAUCCGCACCGUCCUAUCUUGUGGCCCCAAGUACCGAGCGACAGACCCCAGAGACAAUGUCUUUGCGUUCCAGGGUCUCUGUUCCGAGAGCAUUCCCCCGUCGCUGCAGCCAAACUAUCGCAUUCGACCAGUCGACCUAUACAUCAAUUCAGUCCGCGAGCUGAUGACUGAAAGCCUAUGGUGCCUCAAUUUUGCGGGCAUCGGAUGGGGGCCGCGUUCGUUGAAUUCCCGGCACUCGAGUAUCUUGGAUGAGGAGCUGCCAUCUUGGACACCCAACUGGGGACUCGACAUCAAGAAGACCAAUCUGCCAAAGCUACAUCAUUCUGUUCAUGUUGCGGGGCUGCGACCCAGUCACCAGGAGGAUUCCUGUAUACUGUCAGUGUAUUCAGCAAAGGUUGAUCGUAUCGUCAAGGUCACCGACUAUCCUCUGUUGAUUGGCUCCGAUUCCGAGUCUGGACCUACUCUUGCAUCCCUGUCUGCUGAUACACUGUCGGAAAUGGCGAGGGCCGGGACGGAUUUCCAAGAGCACUUUAGCACGUAUGUUCCCAUGUCAUAUCCGACGGGAAUACGCCGAGACGAUGCACUAUGGAGAGUCUUACUCGAAGAUCGACAGCGAGAUCGUGAUGAGAUUGAAUUUUACAAUGACUGUCUGGCUCUCUUGAUAAAACAGGAUGAGUUUGGGAGCUAUGCAAUGAAAUUUCGUAUGCCGGGCGGAGAGGGCGAACCUAAAGAUGCGGAUGCGAGUCAGCUCACACAGCAAAUGAUGAAGGUUGUCGAUGCAUCCAAUCGACUCAACAAAUCGGCCAGUGGGUCUGCUGCCCAGGAUCUUUUUCCAGACAAUAUCAGCGCCAUCUCCCCUCCACAGUUGGAAAUGGCUAUGAAAAGCAUGUAUACCGUCAACGCAGAAUUUGGUCACGAGCUUGCGAGACACACCAUGGGAAGGAAAGUAGCUUUCACUCAGAACGGUCAUAUUAUACUUGCUCCACCACUGGCGGCUCCUGGUGACGAGGUACGGUUCAUCGCCUUUGCGGAGACACCUUUUGUACUACGGCCCAUCAGCGAUGGCGAGCACAAUAACGGGAAGUAUCGCCUUGUGGGUGACUGUAAGCUUUGCAAUGCGCAGGAGGAGCUUGACAAAGCCAGAGAUUUUCGGGAACUGGCCAUUGUCUGAAAAGGCUGGGUGCAGGCGGCAGAUGUAUGGCGAGUGCUGUCCUUGCGCUCACGUGCGUCAUGGUACUCGCAGUCUUUGGUCCUUUGCUAGCACCUUCAGAUCGCCGUCUUAGAUGCCCUCUCAUGGCUUCGAUCACAUUAUUGCAGUAGCC